UUUAUUAUGUUGUAUAAGAAUACUGUUACUUUAAUUGAUAUUUUAUGCUAAUUAUAUUAUGUUUAUUGUAUUUUUAUUCAUGCAUGUACAUACCUUAUACAUUAAUGCACUUGUAAACAAAAUGAAGAUAUAUUUGGGUUUGUUAUCUUUUCACUAUGGUAACAGACAAAGAUACAGUAAAUCAGAAGUUGCAUCGAUAUUUGACAUUAUACAGCGAACAGUAGUAACAAUGCAAUAGUUCCAAUCGAAUUUAACAUCUCCCGGAUUUAACCUUCCAAUUUUUUACUUAUUUGAUAUAUGCUUUUGAUAUGAAUAAUUUUAAUCGUAAUAAAAAAAAUUGGAAGUAAACGUUUCAUGAACGAAGAAAUUUGCGUGUAAAAAUAGCAAGAUGCUCAAAAAGAAGAAACGUGGAGGUGACAAGGAGAAGAAAGUACGGAAAAAGUGUUUGAGUGAACACGAAAUGGUGUCCUACGAACAACAAAUUCUAGACAACAAUAGACAAUUGUCACGGCUACGCGGCCGAAAUGAAGAGCUUGAAAUCGAGGUAAAGAAUAUGACGAAGAAUAUUGAACAGUUAAAAGAGGAUCGAUCUGAUAUCGUGGCGCAUUUGAAACGGGAAUUAGAGGGAAAGGUAGAAGAGGCUCGUGAGCUGAGCGAACGUGUGUUGGCAAUGGAAGAGCUGAGAAAGCAGGAACAAGCCGAGUACAAAAAGAAGGAAAAUGGAAUGGAACAAGAAUUUCGUACUAUGGAAAGCAAUUUAAGCGCCGAAGUAAAACUCGCAACUGGGAAACUAAACGCAUUGGAAGAUUGGAGAUUAGCCCGCUUGGAUUUAAUGCGCAAGUUCGAGAUGCAAGAGGAAGAAAUGACAAAACAAGAUGAAUUGCACAAAACGACGCUUUACGAGACAGAGAAAUCAGUCAUUGUUGCCAAGGCUAAAAUGCAAAAGGAGAUGGAAGAACGAUUGAAGCAGCUUGCACAAGAAUUCAAAGAAGCGACGAAUGUCCGAAUAGCUGACAUGAUGCACACUACGGUUAGGAGGAACAUUGCGCUGAAUCACGAAUUGAAUUCGAUGUUGAAGGUCUGCCAGGAUCUGGAAAUAAAGGAUGCAGAGUGCAAGGAAACCGAUCGUGCCCUUAGACUGCAGUGCGAGAUGCUUGAGGACGAGGCCAAGAUCGCGCAGGAGGAUGCGAUGAGGCACAGGCGUGUGAUGCACGAACUUGCCGAAAAGCACAUUAACACGAUCCUCGAGCAUGGACGAAUACUACGUGAAAACAAGAGGCUCGGUAAUUACGAGCAAAUAAUGGACGAGUGUAAGUCCAGAUGUGUGGAGUCGGAGGAGAAAGUGAAGGUCCUCGAGCGAGAAUUGCAGGAGACCAAAAAAGCCCGGGAGGAAGUCAUGAUGGAAGUGCGAAAGAAGUGUGAAGAAUUCAAGGAAGUGAACAAGCUCCUGAACGAAGCCAAACAGCGUGUCCUGGAAGCCUUAGAGUUGCAAGAGCAUGUCUGUACGAGCGAUAUUUGUACUUCAUGUUGCGCCACCCAGAAACAGAACCUUAUUUAUUCUCUCCAGGAUAUACUCGAGAAGCAUAACGUUUCCGACAUAAUUGAUGAUGAUUCACAGAUCAAUGAAACCGAGCCUAAACCGUCGGAAAGUUAGAACAUCUGUUCUAAUUUCAGCCUGAAGAAUAUAUAAAAAAUACGUAUACGCAGAAACUGUAGUUGGCUUUUGAUCAAUAUUAUCACGCAGAAAGAUAAUAUGUUAUUUCAAAAACGCACAGUACACAUUUAUAUCAAGAAAAUUUUCAUAUGUAUCUCGCGGUAUAUUCAUAAAUUGAUUACGUAAUUAAACACGCGUAUGCGCAGAGAGCACACGUGUGUAGCGUCUGUUUAUUCCGAUGACACUCGAAACCUCAUUUCCAUUGUCAUCCGUUUGCAAAGUUGGAAAAACAAUAAAAAACACAAAGAUUUGCAAGAGC